UUUCCGGAAACGCGGCGGAACUUACCGAAGCCCGGCGGCGGCGGCCAUGUUGGGAGCCGCCGCUGCUGCUGCUGUGGAAAAGUGAGGGGAGGCGAAGGGAGUCCCGACGCCGGGAAAACGGGGUCCGAGGCGGGCCCUGGAGGCGAGGCGGAGGUCGGCGGCCCGACACUGAGUCCGGCUCCAAAGAAUUUCCCCAUUGGGCGCUUGGUGACCCGUGCGGCCUAGCUUUUGAGCCUCAUCUCCGGCCUCGCGUGAUCCUCAAGACGGGCCAUCCUUCACCCUCGGCCGGGGAGGCGGUGGUGAAGGCACCACCUUCUACCUUCUUAGUUCUGGUCUCCACUGAAGCCCCUUCCCCCCCCCAUGCUGGUGGCUUGGCCGCCCCCCUCGCCCUGAGGAGGAGGAGGAGGAGGAAGGGAAGAGGAAGAGGUCUCCUUCUUCUUCCAGCUGGGCAGGAAGCAGAGAAAGAGGAAGGCGGCAGAGAGAGAGAGAGAGAAAGGGAGAGAGAGAAGCAGCCGCAGCCGCAGCCAUGUCCAACAGCGGACGCAGCCCCCUGCCCACCCUCAACGAAAACACCGAGCAGCCGGCCUUGGGACAUCCAGAGUCCAAGCCCAGCACAAAGUCCAACAUGCUACGAGGCCGCACCCCAGCUACCUCUGCCGACGAACAGCCGCAUAUCGGGAACUAUCGCUUGUUGAAGACGAUUGGCAAGGGCAACUUCGCCAAGGUCAAGUUGGCACGGCAUGUCCUGACGGGGAAAGAGGUUGCUGUGAAAAUCAUUGACAAGACGCAGCUGAACUCCUCCAGCUUACAGAAGCUUUUCCGGGAAGUGCGAAUAAUGAAGGUUUUGAAUCAUCCCAAUAUAGUUAAAUUAUUUGAAGUCAUAGAAACAGAGAAGACACUGUACCUCGUCAUGGAGUAUGCCAGUGGGGGUGAGGUGUUUGACUACUUAGUAGCCCAUGGAAGAAUGAAAGAGAAAGAAGCACGGGCAAAAUUCCGACAGAUAGUUUCUGCUGUGCAGUACUGUCACCAAAAAUUCAUUGUACAUAGAGACUUGAAGGCAGAGAAUUUGCUUUUAGAUGCCGAUAUGAACAUUAAAAUUGCAGACUUCGGUUUUAGCAAUGAGUUCACCUUUGGCAACAAGCUUGACACGUUCUGCGGGAGCCCUCCAUAUGCUGCGCCCGAACUUUUCCAGGGCAAGAAGUAUGAUGGUCCCGAGGUGGAUGUCUGGAGCCUUGGGGUCAUUCUUUACACACUGGUCAGCGGCUCACUGCCCUUUGAUGGGCAGAACCUCAAGGAGCUGCGAGAACGGGUCUUAAGGGGGAAGUACCGGAUCCCCUUCUACAUGUCUACAGACUGUGAGAACCUGCUGAAAAAAUUCCUCAUCCUCAACCCUAGCAAGAGAGGCACUUUAGAGCAAAUCAUGAAAGACCGCUGGAUGAAUGUGGGGCACGAAGAUGAUGAGUUAAAGCCUUAUGUGGAGCCUUUACCUGACUACAAGGAUCCCCGACGGACAGAGCUCAUGAUCUCCAUGGGAUAUAGCCGAGAGGAAAUCCAAGACUCACUAGUCAGCCAGAAGUAUAACGAAGUAAUGGCUACAUAUCUGCUGCUAGGAUACAAAAAUUCAGAGCUUGACAAUGAUAGCAUUACCCUAAAGCCACGGCCCCAACCUGAACUCACCAACAGCACCGCUCCUUCCCCGUCACACAAGGUACAACGCAGUGUAUCAGCCAACCCCAAGCAACGCCGUUUAAGUGACCAGGUACCAACCAUCCCAACGUCCACCUCAUAUUCAAAGAAAAUGCAGGCAGCCAAUGCAGAGAACAAGCGUCCUGAAGAGGAGCGGGAAGCUGGGCGUAACAAGGCUGGCAGCACUGUCAAAGUGCCAGCCAGCCCGCUGCCCGGCCUUGAAAGGAAAAAGAGCACCCCUACUCCUUCCACAAACAGCGUCCUUUCGACCAGCACAAACAGAAGCCGCAACUCACCCAUGCUGGACCGAGCCAGCUUGGGCCAAAACUCCAUCCAGAAUGGCAAAGAUAGCCUAACCACUCCGGGUUCCAGGGCUUCCACUGCUUCAGCUUCUGCCGCCGUGAGCUCCGCGCGCCCGCGCCAGCACCAGAAAUCCAUGUCCGCCUCGGUGCACCCUUCCAAGCCCACGCUGCCCCCCUCUGACAAUAACUGUGAGGCACAGCGACCCAGCACUGCUCCCCAGAGAGUCCCUGUUGCUUCUCCCUCAGCUCACAAUAUCAGCAGCGCUCUCCCAGAGCGCACCAACUUUCCGCGGGGAGUCUCCAGCCGCAGCACCUUCCACGCCGGGCAGCUCCGCCAGGUCCGGGACCCGCAGAAUCUGCCCUACGGCCUCACACCUGCCUCACCCUCCGGGAACAGCCAAGGCAGGAGGGGUGCAUCGGGGAGUCUCUUCAGCAAGUUCACUUCCAAGUUUGUACGCAGAAAUCUGUCUUUCAGGUUUGCCAGAAGGACCCUGCAUGAGCCCGAAAGCAAAGACCGCGUGGAGACCCUCAGGCCCCACAUGAUGGGUGGCAGCGGGGACAAGGAUCGGGACGAGAACCGGGACGCCAAGCCUCGCUCGCUGCGCUUCACCUGGAGCAUGAAGACCACCAGCUCCAUGGAGCCCAAUGAGAUGAUGAAGGAGAUCCGGAAAGUGCUGGACGCUAACAACUGCCAGUGUGAGCUGCAGGAGAAGUACAUGCUCCUCUGCAUGCACGGUGCCCCGGGUCACGAGGCCUUUGUCCAGUGGGAGAUGGAAGUGUGCAAGCUCCCCCGGCUUUCCCUCAACGGCGUCCGCUUCAAGCGAAUAUCGGGCACCUCCAUGGCCUUCAAGAACAUUGCCUCCAAAAUCGCCAACGAACUAAAGCUUUAACAGGCCUCCCCAGGGGGGCCUGGCCUGCACGCGCAUGGGGUGGGGGUUAGGAGUAAAGCUGCAAUUUAACUCUGGUAGGGUUUAUUUUUGGAUACCCUGGUGCAGGACUUUAAAAGAGAUAUUGGGGGGCUGAGAAGGGGGGGACGAUCAGUCUUUUUGGGGGGAACCUCCCCCUCUCCAUCUCUCCUCCCCCCCCCCCCACUGCCGGGUCUCCAUGGAAAUGGAGAGCGUGGGGUAGUGGUUGGCAGCCACCCAGCCGGUCUCCGUGGCAACAGUAGUGGGAGCGUACCAAGGGCUGUUGGUCUCUAUAGUGACUGUGUUGGGGGGCAUCCCUUUUGGUCUCCGUGGCGACCAUGGUACUUUCCUCUUUCUUCCUCUUCUUUUAAUAUUUUUUUUUGUGCACAUAAGACAGGGUUUUAAAAUUUUACCAAACACAGCAAAAAGAGAGAGAAAAUGUGUUCCCCUCCCUCUUCCCCCAUAAUGCCCCUUGCCUCUCCCCCACGAACCUCCGCCUUUCCACCUCCCUGGAGUGAGUUUGCCAUCUGGUGGGGGACUAGAGCUGCAGGGGAGAAAGGGGAAGAGUCAAGCAUCCUUUCACGAUGGGCAUUACCAUAGCAGUGAUCCCUCUCCUUUGGGUUCCCCAGUCAGGCCAGUGAUGGAGGAAGGUGCAGGAGGCCUGGGGGGGGGGUGUUGGUUCUCUGCUCCCCACUUGGCUUUUUUCCAUUUCCACACAUCACCGUUGCGCUCAGGGCCUUAAAGCUGGGCUGUCCUAAGCCAUCUCACUCCAGUGAUGCCUGAGGCACUUGGCUUUCCUCCUCCUGGAAAGGUGGAUUCUGGCCAUUAUCUUUCAGGGGAGCCUCCUAAAGCCACGUCGGUCCCAUUUCUUCAUUUUCUCCUUUGCAUGAGAUCAGGCAGGGUUAAAACGGAAGUGGCUUCUGGGAAUAAUUGAGCAUUAUUUUCUCUGCCCUCGAGCCACUCUCCUUGCUACAGGGUUGACGGCUAGUUCGGUGCCAUGGUUCACCAAUGGCUCUGCCAGCCUUGGCGGUGCCCACUUUGUAUCUGUUGGGAAUCCAAACCACCACCACCACCCCAGCAUUUCUCUUCUUUGGGUCACUUCCAGCAUGUUUCCUCCUCACUCAAAAACUCCCUCUUCUCAUUUUCCUCCAAGCUUUGGCAGUUGCCCACCAACCUCUGCCUCGGAUUGUGGAACAGGCUUUUUGUUCGAGGACCAUCGCUAGAAGAGGUUAGGCCCGGAAACGUCCCUUAUGAAAGGAUAGACGCAUGGACGCGAUGCUGAUGCUUAGGUACAAGUUGAAAAGGUCUGUCUGGGGGUAACGGUGGCACAAGGUACAGUGCUCACAGCUUUUGGCCCUGUGAUAGAAGAGAUGGGGAGCCCCCAUGGCCUUCUUUCCUGCCUUCUUAAAAUCCAGAGAGUGUGCUCUGACCCUUCCCUCCUCUUUCCAAAGCACAAGAGAAAAAAAUGGGACCCUGGCACUGCAAUUACCUCUCUUGAGUUCCCUGCCCUCCUCCCCUUCCUCAAGGCUGGAUUUCUUUCAUUGCCAUAUCGCCACUCGAGAAUGUAUUUUCAACCAUUUUCUGGGUGAUUGGGCCUCCCCCCUUCUCCCCACCUCUGCUGAGCUCCUUCCACCCUGACACCAUUUUACACAUACACACACACCUGGUUUGUAUAUAACUGUACUGAUACCUCGGUUUUGUGAGUGGUUUAAAUUUUUUUUGUUUAAUUCUGAUCACAAAAUGCCUUUUUUAAAACAAAAAUCAUGUCCCCCCCCCUUUUUUUUUUUGUUCGUUCCCCUUCCCUUCCCUCUAGGGAUGCUGCCGUUUGAUGUAGUUUUACAGGUUCUAGAUUAAAACUUUCCAGAAAGCACCUGGCUGACCUUUGGCUUCCUGUUUUUUUUUUAAUCUUUUUUGCCUUAGCACUCCAUCUGGGGAUGUGGCCUUCCGUUCCCAGAGAGGCUGUCAACCAUGGUUAGAAAGCCAACCGAGGUUAGAAAGACUGUACCUUGUUCUCAAGACAGUGGCUGUGAAUGAUUCCAAAUCGUAGAGGUGAACAGUUAACAUCUUUGUGGUGAUAAUGUUGAGCGAGGUGUAGAUGUGGCAGUGCCAAGGCCUGUCUUCUGUACAGAGAUAUAAUUCCGUUUGACCUUCGUUUUUUAAAUUUUGUUUGGGACUCCACCCUGACCAUGCAACAGUGGAGAAAGAACAACCGUAAUGGAGAAACACACUGGGACCCAUUGCAACAUCCUAGACAGUUUGCAUGUGGGAAGUUGUGAGGUGGUGCCAUGAGGGACUCCCUCUGUCCCUUUAGGAAUUGCCAUAGGCUGGGCAGGGGCAGGCAGAGCAUUGUGUGGGUACCAGGGAAUGCUGCUGUGGGCACUGUUCCUUUCUGUUCUGGUUAUCAGGAUUUAUCGUGGGCGAAAGCUGUCGCCACAACAAAAGGGAUCUUGGCAGAAUGCACCCAGGCCUGCGCACAAGGGGAAAGACCUUCCCCUUUCUGGUGUGAACAAGCAGCCUGCCUUACUCUCUUCUUCUAUUCUUAUUAAAGCCAAAGAAGUAAAA